AUGGGGCUGCUUCGCCUCAUCAACGCGCGGUUCGCGAACCUGCAGUCCCUCUUCUUCAACAUUAACGGCGUCAACUUCGAGUUCACACCUAACGCGCAGAUCUGGCCCCGCACGCUCAACGCCGCGAUCGGCGGGGACAAGAAGAGCAUGUACCUGACCGUGAACUCGACCGGGACGCCGACGGGCACGACUUCAUCAACGGGAUGA